AUGUCUUCUCGACUUCCAUCCUCAAAUGCCCCGCGUCUAUCCACCGCUCCAAGCAGUAUCAAACCACGACAACUCUCUCAUCUUCACGCGCAACUUGCACAGCUCUCCGCCAAUCUAGCAGACCUCGAGAAUCUCCUUCGAAUGACGAGUGUACAAGCAGAAGCUAUGAGGGGAUUGGGGGCUUUCCACGGUGGAUUGUUUAUGGCAGCGAGCAAAGUUUUGGGCGAAGAGACAAUCGCAGGCUCGGCUGCACAAGGAAACCAAGAGCAGAGGAGAAGUGGUUCGAGCGAGGCCUGA